UGUACUCUGCCGCAUGUAUUAGCACAAACAAAGAACCAAACGGUUGGAGGAAGCCGAAGCACGCGCGCUUCUACGGUCGCCCCCAACGGAUAUAAUGACCAAUACUUCUCAUAGUCGAAAGAGAUAGAACACGGCGUAUUUUGUUGUUUUUUUCUUUUUCAGUACAAAUUCCUCUACUUUAGCUCAUUAGCAAUGGCGGCGUUUUUGGAAUCACCACCUUUGUUUAACUGUAACCACCUGCUCUUUUCCUCGUCCACUAGAAAGACAUUUGUGACCAUCACUCCUUGUUCUGCCUCUUCAAGUGUUCCUACUCCACCUUCUCCAAAAAACUCGGCAGGGGAAAGCACUGAUCCCAAUUCACAAAAACCGUUUCGGGAUCGCCGGAAAAUUGUUCGACUUGCCUGGGAGAAGCUGGUCCGAUGGUCUCGCUCUUGGCGCUCCAGAAGCAGAACCGAUGUCCUCCAAAGCACCAACAAGGUAGUGGUGCUCGGAGGUGGAUCCUUUGGUACCGCAAUGGCUGCCCAUGUUGCUAAUAGAAAGGCUGAUUUGGAAGUUCACAUGCUUCUGCGUGAUCCUUUAGUGUGUCAAUCGAUCAAUGAUAACCACUUCAAUUGCAAAUACUUCCCAGAACACAAGCUACCUGACAAUGUGAUUGCCUCGACUGAUCCUAAAACUGCUUUGCUUGGUGCAGACUACUGCCUUCAUGCUGUCCCUGUCCAGUCUAGCUCAUCAUUUCUGAAGGGAAUUGCAGAAUUUGUUGAUCCGGGCUUGCCUUUUAUAUCCCUUAGCAAAGGCUUGGAGCUCAACACAUUGAGGAUGAUGUCUCAGAUUAUUCCCAGAGCACUCGAGAAUUCUCGCCAGCCUUUUGUUGCACUUUCUGGACCUUCUUUUGCGCUGGAAUUGAUGAAUAAGUUACCAACAGCAAUGGUGGUGGCAUCAAAGGACAAAAAAUUGGCAAAUGCUGCUCAACAGCUAUUAGCUUCUUCUCAUUUAAGGAUCAGCACUUCAAGUGAUGUCACAGGGGUGGAAAUUGCAGGCGCACUGAAAAAUGUGCUUGCUAUAGCAGCUGGAAUUGUGGAAGGAAUGAAUCUUGGUAAUAAUUCUAUGGCAGCUCUUGUUGCACAAGGUUGUUCUGAGAUUCGAUGGCUAGCUACAAAGAUGGGUGCCAAACCUGCAACAAUUAUGGGACUGUCAGGAACAGGAGACAUUAUGCUUACAUGUUUUGUGAAUCUUUCAAGAAAUAGAACAGUUGGACUGCGUCUUGGUUCGGGGGAGAAGCUUGAUGAUAUUUUAUGUUCCAUGAAUCAGGUAGCAGAAGGUGUAUCAACGGCAGGAGCUGUGAUUGCAUUAGCUCAGAAAUAUAAUGUUAAGAUGCCAGUUUUGACAGCAGUUGCGCGGAUCAUAGAUAAUGAACUAACCCCAAAAAAGGCUGUUCUUGAAUUGAUGCGUCUCCCUCAGGUUGAAGAAGUUUGAGAAUGUGGGGGAAUUAUGGGCGCCUCAUUUAAUUACAAGAGUGUUGUCUCGCAGAAGUCACCUUACUCAUAUUUUUUUCUAUUUUACUUGUUUGCUUGUUAUUGAAUACUCUGACCUAAGUUUGGUCUAGAGAUUGAUUUUUUAAGCUAGGAAUGGUAGUUAUUUCAUUGUCUUUGUACUUUUUUCCUGUAAAUUUUAUUUAUUUCUGCUCGGCAUGUUUUAAGAUCUCAAGUGUAAUUGUUCUUCAACCAUGGGCAUGGAAAAAAGGAACAAAAGAAUGUUGUCUAUAAUCAGAUUUAAUCUGAUUAAUUUUUCAAUUGUGCAUAGGUCUA